UGAGCGAGGUCCGACCACGUCCAGGGCUCACGCACCACAUGCCUUUGAGGCCUUGUUGCUCCCCUCGGUCGUCCCUCGCAUGGUUCCGAGCACUAUGGCCCAAUCGGCCGCCAGUUCCGCACGGUCUAAGUUUGCCUUGGCUGCAAGCAGACUGACACGCUUCGACCAGAAGCUCAGCGCUCCAGAUGCUAGCACACCAACCCGCUCGCUCUCCCAAGUCCAGCGAGAUCAACUCCGAAGCCUGUGGGCGAAGGUGGACGCGGAGUUCGAGGCCUGUGUGGAGGCGAUAACGGAAGUAGAUCCAGAGGGGGUAGCUGACGUCCAGGGGAUGUACGAUGACUGCUACGCGGUCUACGCGCAAUGCCUUGCCGAACUGAACGAUCAGCUCGAACCCCCGACUGUCCCUCACACGCCUCAACUGGCCGUUCAAGUGCCGACGUCCGGCGGUUGCCGUCUUCCUCCAUGUGACACUGAAGUUUUCAGUGGGGACUAUCAGCAGUGGCCCACGUUCCGAGACCUGUUCACCGCCAUAUAUAUAGAGAACCCGAGGUUGGCUCCAGUAGAAAAACUGUUCCACCUCAACAAAAAAACAAGCGGUGAGGCCCACGACAUAGUGGCACAGGCUCCACUCACGAACGAAGGGUUCGCGUCCGCAUGGAGCGCCCUCCGUGAGCGUUUCCAAAACAAGAGGCUGAUACUCAAAGCCCAGCUGAAGAUCCUUUUCAGUCUGCCCCAAAUCCGCACCGAGUCAGCUGCAGCGCUAAAAGAGCUUCAGAGGGCCGUCCACAAGUGCCUUACGACACUCAACAACUCCGAGGUCUCCACAGACAGCAUUUUCGCUGACGGAGUGUUAGUGUACCUCAUAUCCGCGAAGUUGCCGAAAACGACUUUGGAGCUUUGGGAGCAGUCCGUGACAAACAAGUCCGAAAUUCCCACCUGGCACGCUAUGGACAAGUUCCUGGCGGAGCGGUACCUGUCUCUCGAGGUGACCGAGGACGGCCAUCCAGGCAUGGAGACUCAGGCCCACUCCAGGGCGAGUCUACCCAUGUCAGAGAGGUCAAAGGGCAUCCCAACCCUUUCCGUUCCCAAGAGAGCCCUGUUGCAAGGCGGGUUCACUCUUUCGGAACAACUGUGGAUCCGAAGCGGAGAGCGUGUGAUCUUUGCUCCAAAGAGAACCAUCCGAUCCGGGUAUGCCCUCAAUUCCUUCAGAUGA